CAAUUGUAUUCAAACAUGCAUGAUAGAUGCAUGCAGACCCAGGCCGCCAAUCACUCUGUUCUGUUCUGUAUGCAAGCUCUUUCAUCAAAGGGUGGAGCAUUAGCAUAUCAUCCAUAUACCAUAUAGCGUAUAAAUACACUUUCAUUGCCACCCAAACUUUUAUCUAUAGAAUCGGCUCCGCUAUUGCCCAGACGAGAAGCAACGCUCCCAUUGCUCGUCCAGGUUGCCCCACCCAAUGCGGAAACUUGACGGUUCCCUACCCCUUCGGAAUCGUGGACCCAUCAGGCGGAUUUGGCGGAACCGAGACAGGAAGUCAAUGCGCACUUGAUCCCGGAUUCCAGAUAUUCUGCGACACUACUUCUUCCGGUCAAGCCUUACCAAUCUUUAUUGGAUGGAAUGGGCUCGGGCUGCUCGAGCCGCCCCGGCCGCCCCCGCCUCCCGGGCCUCCCAGGUCGCCCCCGCCUCCCGGGCAGCCUGGGCCUCCCAGGUCUCCCCCGCCUCCCGGGCAGCCUGGGCCUCCCGGGUCGACCCCGCCUCCCGGGCCGCUCCGGCAGUUCGGCUUUGUCUAUAACAUAUCAGAAACCCAGAUUUCGGUUUUGCAGCCCCGAGCGAUACCAACCAAUUGCUACGACUCCAAAGGAGCAUUGGUUCCUAAUCCGCCAUUUCUACACUCAACCUAUUGGGUACUGUCCAUAGAAAGAUUUUAUCACUACAGCCUCUCCCCUGAAAACAAGAUAACCACAGUUGGCUGCGACGAUACUCUCGUCAUAUCCGACGGAACCAAUAUUAUUUCCACAUGCACUUCCACGUGUUCUAAUGCCUCUCAACUGCCUCACAAUGGGACUUGUUCCGGUAUCGGCUGCUGCCAAUUACCCAUACCAAAAGGCUCCAACAAGGACUACAAUAUUAGCACGGUCAGUGCCACGAACCACACCAGGGUCUGGUCCUUCAAUCCCUGCUCCCACACGUUUCUUGGAGACACAAGUCGGUUCAGAUUCCUUGGUGCAUCUGAUUUGAGCAAUCCUGAUUUCACAUGGAGGAUUUCUGAAACUGUUCCAGUGGUUCUAGACUGGGCAAUUGGAGUCAUGAGUUGCAAAGAAGCCCAAAACAGUAGUGGAUAUGCAUGCCAAGCCAAUAGCCAUUGCGUAGAUUCCGACACGGGAUAUGGAGGUUAUCGCUGCCAAUGCAAUUAUGGUUAUAAAGGCAACCCAUAUCUCACUCAAGGCUGCGUCAUCGGGUUAGAUCGGCCAAUUGGAAACUUGAGUUGCAGCAAAGCCCAAAAAAGAAGUGGAUAUGCAUGCCAAGCCAAUAGUCAUUGCGUAGAUUCAAACACAGGAAAGGGAGGUUACUUUUGCAGCUGUGAUGAUGGUUAUGAAGGCAACCCAUAUCUAAGUCCAGGUUGCACUGAUAUUGAUGAAUGCAAAUAUCCAGAGAAUAAUACAUGUAUACUGCAAUGCAACAACUUUCCUGGGGGCUUCAACUGUAGUUGUCUUGAAGGGUACUAUGGCGACGGUAAAAAAUAUGGUCAGGGUUGCCAUAUGAACAAAAAGUCAAUUUUUUCAUGGUUUAAAUUCUUUUUAGGGAUAGGAUUGGGAAUAUUUGCCUUGGCUAUUGUGGCUACUUCACUAUGCUAUAUCAUCAAGAAAACAAAAAGUGCUAACAUGAGGCUCAAGUUCUUUGAACAAAAUGGUGGCUUCUUACUGAAACAAAAGAUCACCUCCAGCGAUGACUCAGAGGUGGUGAAAGUUUAUUCUGCCAAAGAGCUCAAGGAAGCUACCAAUAACUAUGCUCAAGACAUGAUUUUGGGUCGAGGUGGAAAUGGCAUUGUAUUUAAAGGAAACUUACCAAAUAUGCUUCAAGUUGCAAUUAAAAGAUCAAAAACAGUGGAUGACACUCAAAUUGAGCAGUUCAUCAAUGAGGUGGUUAUUCUUUCUCGAAUCAAUCACCGCCAUGUUGUCAAAUUCUUGGGGUGUUGCUUGGAAGCUGAAGUUCCUUUGCUAGUAUAUGAAUAUAUCUCUAAUGGAACUCUGCAUCACCAUAUCCACCGCCAAGCAGGUGCAUCGGAUUGGUUAUCAUGGGAAAAUCGUUUGAGAAUUGCAAUUGAAGCUGCCGGUGCACUUGCUUAUCUUCACUCCGCUGCAUCCAUGCCUAUAAUCCACAGGGACGUCAAGUCAACCAACAUAUUGAUAGACGAAAACUACACUGCAAAGAUCUCUGAUUUCGGAGCUUCCAGGUUAGUCCCUUUGGAUCGUACACAUGUGGCAACACUAGUCCAAGGAACACUUGGUUAUUUGGACCCAGAAUACUUCCAAACAAGCCUGUUAACAGAAAAGAGCGAUGUAUAUAGUUUUGGAGUAGUCUUAGCCGAACUUCUAACAGAAAGGAAACCUGUGUCUCCAAAUUUGAGUGAGGAGGAGGAUCGAAACUUAUCUGCAUUUUUUAUUCGAUCCAUGAAUGAGAAUAGACUGUUUCAGAUUCUUGUGCCUAGGCUAGUAAAGGAGGGGACACUUGACCAACUUCAAAGAACUGCAGAGCUUGUGAAAAGAUGCCUUCAACUUAAUGGAGAAGAUAGGCCUAAAAUGAAAGAAGUAGCUAGUGAACUUGAAAGUAUAAGAAUGUACUCUAAGCAUUCUUGGGAGGGGCGUUCUUGUUUUGUACAUGAAGAGGAUGAACCAUCAGAUCUUUAUGCGGUUCUAAAUAGCCCAUAGUGCUUAUUACAUGGGAUCAUGUAUAAUGCCACACAUGAAGGGAUGCAAGAGUAGGAACAUAAUGUUACCCACAUGAAAAAAUUCCAAUAGACUAGCAUGUAGGUUGCUUGAAUUGGCGCGCUGUUUGAAGUUUCAUAUUUUAUCGAACUUAAAUGUAUGUUUUUCUUAAUAUAUGCAAUUUCUGUUGGUUUUGCUUCC